UCUCUUACCCCUCUUCUAGGAAAAAUACCGAAUAGUGGGAAUAUGGGUUUCCUUGGGAUUCUUGUACAAGUCACUUGGGUUGCUGUGAUGUUAUCUGAAUUGGCAGCCGCCGCAAUAGCAUUUCCAAUAGCGCUGCCCAACUGCCCCGACAAGUGUGGAGAUGUGGAAAUUCCCUAUCCUUUUGGCCUAAGAAAAGGUUGCUCCAUAGAUCAAAACUUUCUUAUCAAUUGUACCAACUCGUUCGGCCCAACUCAACCAAUUCUUCUGGGAGACUUGACGGUUACAAACUUUUCCCUCGAAGGCCAGGCUAACAUCUUGAUGUAUAUGGCCAAGGACUGUUAUAAACAUGGUGUGCUGGAUUCCGAUCUUAGUAUAUGGACAUCAGUGUAUCUCAACUCGAGCCUCAAUUUCACCAUCUCUAGCACUCAAAACAAGUUCAUUGUCGUUGGCUGUGACACUUAUGCAUACCUUGAUUCCCAGCAAGAUAAAGGAAAUUUCUCAACCGGCUGCGUUUCCGUUUGUGAAAGCAGUAGGUACAUAGUCAAUGGGUCUUGCUCUGGUGUUGGGUGUUGCGAGGUAGAUAUUCCUAAUGGGUUGAAUUAUGUUACUUUGGAAUCCCGCAGUUUCAAUAAUCACACAAAAGUAGGGGCUUUCAAUCCUUGUGGCUAUGCAUUUAUUAGCCAACAAACCACGUUCAAUUUCUCUAUCGAUUCCCUUCACAGUCUACAACACCAAAAUAUGACGCCGGUAGUUCUUGAUUGGGCGAUCGGUACUGAGACAUGUAAAGAUAUCGUGAACAAAUCAGGUUACACAUGUGGAGGUAAUAGCACUUGCAUCGAUUCCGACAACGGGUCUGGGUACCGUUUUAAGUGCACGGAAGGCUACCAUGGGAAUCCAUACCUCCAUCUCGGUUGCCAAGACAUUAACGAAUGUGAAAACCCCAAUCAUUGCAAGCUCCCGGGAGAAAAGUGUAUUAACGUACUAGGAAAUUUUACUUGUUCUUGCAUCAAGGGGUACCAUUUGGACGGAAGAACUAAUAUUCUAUUUCUUUCUAAUGUAGGUAUUGGCAUAAGCUUCAUAGUUGUGCUUGUUUGUAGCUCUUGGUUGUAUUUGAUAGUUAAGAAAAGACAGUUGAUCAAGCUUAAACAAAGGCUCUUUGAACAGAAUGGGGGUUUAAUUUUACAACAGAAACUCCCUAAACAAGAAAAUUCAGCUGAAACAACCAAAAUCUUCACCAUGAAAGAGUUGAAAAAGGCUACCAACAAUUAUGAUGAAACUCUAAUCAUUGGCCGGGGAGGGUUUGGUACAGUUUAUAAAGGAAUUUUACCAAAUAAUACGAUUGUGGCCAUCAAGAAGUCAAAAAUAGGAGAUGAAAGCCAAAUUGAGCAAUUCAUCAAUGAGGUAAUUGUACUUUCCCAAAUUAAUCAUAGGAAUGUGGUUAAAUUAUUAGGUUGUUGUUUGGAGACACAAGUUCCUUUACUAGUUUAUGAAUUCAUACCCAAUGGUACUCUCUUUGAGCACAUUCAUCAUGAAAGUAAGGUGUCCACCAUAUCAUGGGAAACUCGUCUUAGGAUAGCUGCAGAAACAGCAAAAGCACUAUCAUAUUUGCACUCUGCAGCUUCUCCACCUAUAUUCCAUGGAGAUGUCAAGUCUUCAAACAUAUUGUUGGAUAGCACUUACACAGCAAAGGUAUCAGAUUUUGGAGCUUCAAAAUUGGUUCCACUAGACCAAACACAAUUAGCUACAAUGGUGCGAGGAACUUUGGGAUACUUGGAUCCCGAAUACAUGCAAACAAGUCAAUUGACAGAAAAGAGUGAUGUUUAUAGCUUUGGAGUGGUCCUUGUAGAGCUAUUAACUGGAAAAAAAGCUCUUUCAUUUGAUAGGCCUGAGGAAGAGAGAAGUCUAGCCACAUAUUUUCUCUCAUUUUCCAAGGAUAAUAGAUUGUUUGAAGUUCUUGAAAAACAUAUAGCAAAUGAAGAAUAUGUUGAGCAACUAAAGGAAGCUGCAAAUCUUGCAAAGAUGUGCUUAAGAUUGAAAGGGGAGGAUAGGCCUACUAUGAAGGAAGUAGCAACAAAAUUGGAGGAUUUAAGAAAGAUGGAGAAGCAUUCCAGAGAAAAUUUUGAUUCUAACUCAGAAGAAACUAAAUUCUUGCACACCAAGACAUCAGAUUCUGACAAUUAUGAUGUUGAUAAUCAAAGUGCUGAUGUGAAUGAUACUGUGAGGGACCAUGUAGCAUUAUUGGAUUUUGACGAUGGGAGAUAAUCUUAUCUUGAUAGCAUAUCCUUGGUAGAUAUAAUACAAUGUGGUUAUUGUAUACUUUCUUGUAUUUGCAUCCGAAAU